AUGUCCUUGAAGCAGGAAAUCGAGACAUGGGUGGCAGCCCUCGGCCACUACGAUAAUAAUGAGUUCGACGAGGCGUUGAAGGAGUUCGAUGGCAUUUCAGAUACUUCAAAAAUUCUGUUCAAUUGUGGCGUUAUUCAUGCGACGCUCGGAGAGCACGAGAAGGCGGUUGAGUGCUAUCAAAGAGCAGUCCGUCUGGAUCAAUACCUCGCCGUGGCAUAUUUCCAGCAAGGUGUAUCGAAUUUCUUGGUUGGUGACUUCGAGGAGGCUUUGGCGAAUUUCAACGACACAUUGCUGUAUCUGAGAGGAAACAACAUGAUCGACUAUGCACAACUGGGACUCAUGUUCAAGCUAUAUUCUUGCGAGGUGCUGUUCAACCGAGGCUUAUGCUACAUAUAUCUACAGCAGAAGGAAGCUGGAAUGCAGGAUUUCUCAUUCGCGGUCAAGGAGAAGGUUGUCGAAGACCACAAUGUUAUUGAUGAGGCUAUUCGUGAGGAAGCAGAGGGUUACACGGUUUUCUCAAUUCCCGUCGGUGUUGUCUACCGACCGAAUCAGGCGAAAGUCAAGAAUUUGAAGACGAAGGAUUAUCUAGGAAAGGCUCGCUUGGUUGCAGCAUCAGAUCGCGCAAAUGCUUUCACUGGCUUCGCAGGAUCAGAGAUCAAGAACGCUGGUAAACUUGAUGUGAAGGACGACAGGCCACCUGAGAACCUUUCUUUCGCUGCCACGAAUCUCGUAAAGCCUGGGCUCCAAAGCAAACGUCAACAAUCAGAGCCUCCACUCGGCCGAAAUGUCUUUCCACCAACACCACCUCCCGAGUCGGAAAAGUCUCAAGGUUCAAGUCAGAUGAGCCGGGGAGCUUCUGUGCGAAAUGGACCCAAGCCAAUGCCUGCCAAGCUCAACAUCGAGAAGGCCAGACCUAAUGAGAGGUACGAGGUCCGAGAAGAAAGAAUGAGUCCACAGGCACAACGUAUAGGUACACAGCGCGCAGCUUCAGAAGCCAGACCUCCUCCAGCACGACAAUUCUCAACUAGAGAUUCUUCACGCUCGCGACCACAGCAACCUCGGAGACGGUCACAGGAAGAGGAGGAAGACGAAUACCCAGGAGAACUCUACGACAUGUACUCGAGCGGAGCAAGAAAUUCUCGAGGAAGCCGACCAGCUGGAAACGCACGAAGGCCACAACCCAAGUAUAUCGAAGAGGAGGAAGAAUUUGCUAGCGAUUACGACGAUGGCUCAUUUGACGAGAACGACUUUGAGAUGGUAUCUGGUAGUCGAGCACCUCCGAGGGCACGUGCUCCGUCAUCAUCUGGACGUGGCCAAUCAAGGAGACCAGACAUUCGCAAGAUUAGGAUCAAGGUUCAUUCUGAAGAUGUUCGCUACAUCAUGAUCGGAGUAGCAGUCGAGUUCCCCGAUUUGGUUGACAAGAUCCGUGAGAAAUUCGGGUUACGAAAACGUUUCAAGAUCAAGGUCCGUGACGACGAUAUGCCAAACGGGGACAUGAUUACCAUGGGCGAUCAAGAUGAUUUGGAUAUGGUAAUUAUGAGCGUGAAAUCAAAUGCGAAGAAGGAGCGACUGGACAUGGGCAAAAUGGAGGUUUGGGUACAGGAAAUCUGA